AUGGCGCCGACAGAGCCUCCCUUGGGUGCUAUCGUGGAAGUCCCCCCGGGACGGGGCGUCGUUCGAUUCUGCGGCGCGACCUCCUUCUCCGCCGGACGCUGGAUCGGCAUCGAGCUCGCGGAGUCUAACGGGAAGAACGACGGCACGGUGCAAGGCGUGAAGUACUUUACUUGCAAGCCCAACUACGGUGUCUUCGUGAGACCUAGCCAGGUGAAGGUCGUAUCUCUGGAAAGCACGCCUUCUCCCUCGGCGAGUAGAGCACUCGCGCAUGAGCGGACAAGCAGCACCAGCGCUCCCCGCAUCCCACCUUCAAGGUCUCACCUCUCGUCAUCCACGCGUGGCGGCCCGUCCUCUCCUGGGAGCGUAAGCCCUUCACCGUCAUCCAGCAGCAUCCUCACUUCUCCGCGCCAAGCGCGCCUCGCAUCAUCCGCCAAACGCAAAGCGUCCAUCUCGCUCCAAACGCGCACGUCCCUGCAGCGCCAGGCAUCCUUGCAGAGCGAUGCAGGUGGCAACAGCACAGGUAGCCCCGUUAUGGCGCGCCAACGGAGCGGCGAGUCGCAAGAGGGUCUGACGAGGCUCUCCCCGCGGACGCUCGCGCCACCGUCUGUAUCAACCUCUCCGCGCUCGCCGUCGCAGGCGCAGGCGCAGACGCACUUCCAGCAGUCGACCCCGCCGCUGCCGUCUCUACUCCGCAGGGUGGGCUCGCCGCAGCUAGACUUCGACUCACCAGUUGUGGUGCGCGAACCUACCGAGCCAACGGAUUCCCGCCCGCCAAGUCCAGUACGUGUCCAAGAUGACCAGGAACUGCAAGAGCUCCGCGCGAAGGUCCGUGUGCUUGAGGCAAAGCGCGCUGACGACGCGCGGCACGUCCGCGAGCUCGAGACGCGGCUCUCCGAGGCCGAGUCGUUCGUCGCGCUCCGCCCGAAGUUGCAGGCAAAGCUUAAUUCGCAGCAAACGGAGCUCAUCGCGACACGCCGCGAGCUCGCGGACGCCCAGCAGCUUGCACAGCUUGCGGAGAGCCGCAUCCUCGACACGCAGGAGCAGCUCGAGAUGGUGAUGCUCGAUAAGGAGAUGGCGGAGGAGCGCGCAGAGAUGGCGGAAGCGGAUCUGGAGGAGGUUAGGGAGCGGUUGGCGGUCGUGGAAGUUGAGCUACAGGUGCUCAGGGAGGGCGGCGGUGGAGACGAGGGAGGCGACAGCUCUAUUAAGCAGUCGCUGGCAUACAUUCAGCUCGAGAGGCAGAAUGAGCGACUGAAGGAAGCUCUUGUACGGCUGCGAGACAUCUCGCAGGAGAACGACCAAGAACAGCGCAGGCGAAUCGUGGAGAUGGAGAAGGACGUGGCGAACCUGGACGAUGUACAAGCCCAACUGGAAGAGACACUAUUUAAGUUGGCCAAUGCUGAGGUACAGGUCGAGGAGCUCAAGCUGCAGCUGGACGAUGCGCUUGGAGCGGAAGAAAUGCUCGUACAGUUAACUGAGCGAAAUCUCAUGCUGGGAGAAAAAAUCGAAGAGAUGCGUAUUACCAUCGAGGACCUGGAGGCGCUGAAGGAGCUAAAUGACGAGAUCGAGGAGAACCAUAUUGAUACGGAAAAGGCAAUGCAGGAAGAGAUCGACGGCAAGGAUAUGCUGAUCCGCGACCAGGCAGCAAAGAUCGUGGCACUUGAGGAAGCAUGCCAGGACCUCGAGAGCACCAUUAUGCAGUUCCGGGAACUUGUCGUGCAGCUGCAAAGCGACCUUGAUACACUCCGUACAGAGACACAGACGUCGCAGCACCAGGCAGCAACUGCGGCUUCGCAAACCGCUGCGAUGAUGUCGUUGAACCUCAAGUUGCAGUCAUCGGCCUCUAAGAACCAAGCUCGGUACAUCGAUCUUGAGGUGAAGAGGAUCGAAGCGAAGGAGGCCAAGGAGCUACUAGCUAUCAUUCAGCCGUAUCUCCCUCAGAUCUACGUCGAGUCGGAUACAGAUGCCACCAACUGCUAUCUCUUCUUUCAGCGUUUGGCAGCGAAAGUUGAUCUCAUUAACACCGUCGUGGCGCAGACGCAUAAUCUGCCUGAGUCGCUCAAUGGCCCGGUAUCGGACGUGCUGGUCGGGGUGUGCGAGAUGAGAGGACGUCUCUCCAGUCUAUCGACAACCUGCAAACGAUUUACCGCAUUCCUUCGUAGGUGCGAUGGGGAGUCUUUCCUCAAUAUUGGCCGCGUAUUCCCCGAGAUUGCACCUAUUGAGAAGCGGAUCGACAUGCACAUCGAACUCUUGCGCCGCGAGGAGUUCCGUGAGCUCGAAUGCGUCAGCGACGCGGCAAAGAUUCAGUCUCAAUUCGACCACCUGGUGGAGACGUACCUUAACGGCUUCGAAUACGACUUGGGCGAGCGCGAACUCGGGUUUGCAUUGUCGUUUGAUCACGAUCUGGAAAUGUUCGCCGCAUCGGCAGGCCUCGUCAAGACGUCUGUAGCUGCGAUCAUGAAGGAUGAGGACGUUGAGGUCAUAUCGGGAGGACUGGAUGCCGAUCAGGAGUUCUUCGACCCGCUUCAGAAAUUGUUGGGUCAGUGCAGGAGCGCGAAGGUGCUUUCCAAGAAACUCACGAAGCGCUUAGAAGACUUAACAGAGGACUCCGCUGCACUCAAGGCCCAUCUUGUGCCGCAGCUCCAAUCGCUUAACAAUGUUGUUCCGGAGCUCGUCAACUUCGGUAUCUCGCUCGCGCAACAGAUCAUGCCACACCUAAGCGAUGUACGGAGUGCGAAGGCUCCCUUCCAGCUCUCCAGCGUACUGUCUUUCGUCAAGCAGACGGCUGCUUCGACAGUCGGAAAGGGGAAGAAGGAUGAUGUCUCCCCGUGGGACACUGUCACGAAUUUCUUCACGCAGAUGGUUCAGGAGGCAACUUCACUCCUACCAUUAGCUCUGGAAUCUGAGAACACACUGAAGAUCACCGGUACGGCGCCUUGGGUGGCUCGUAUCGAUGAGAUCAGGGCUGCCACUGCUAUCAACGCUGAGGCUGAGAGGAAGGUGGCUCAGCUGAACGACGAGAUGCAAGCUCUCGCGCGUACGCUGAGGACCAAGGAUCAGAAUAUACAAGAAGCGACCGUGAAGAUCGAACUGAUGGAGCGGCGCAUGGAGGCAGUUAAGAAACAGGCCGACACAAUCGUCGACUUGGAGGCUGAGCUGAAUAAAUCACGUAAACAAGAACGGGCAUAUGAAGAGGCGAUGGAGCAGCUCCAGGCGGACUUGUAUGCGUUGGAACAGGACAACGCGAAGUUGAAAAUGUUGACGAGUAGCCAGGAGAAGCAACUGCCUGGCAACCAAGCAACAGAACCCGAGAACGUUCAGGUGGAGGGUAGUUUGGAGACCUCCUAUCUGCUCGAGCAGAUCGACGCCCUUCGUAAUACCGUUCGGUUCUUGCGCACGGAGAACUCGUACCUCAAGGGUCAAGAUCUGCUCAAAGAACUUGAGUCUCUACCGCCUCUGCCAGAGCCUAUGCCUCGGGAGCCUACGCCACCUCUUGUACCUUCUACGCUGUCCGACUCCGAGGAUUCUGACUCCGAUGAGUCCACAACACCUCCUAAUCUACGUACGCUGGCCGCGGAGUCGAAAUUGUUGUAUCGCGAAGUGAUUAAAUAUACAUCCUCACCCCGGGUGGUCGAUCUGUCUGUGAUGAGAUCCAAGCGUUCGGAGGGUGACAAGGGCGGGAAGCACUGGAUGCCGAAGAGGAGGACACCUGCAUAUCAGGUUUGGGAACGAAAGAUGGAGGGGGAACGGCUGGGACGGAAGCUGCAGCACUUACGUGAACGGACUAGUGUCCUCGCAGCGCGGUGA